UUUUUACUGCGUUGGAGGGAGGGGUACACUUGUUGUUGUACCAUUGAAAGUUGGGGGUGAAAGUGGCGCUAUCGGGGUGCAAAGACGUCGGAUCUCCCAUUCAAAAGUUGUAUUCGAAGAAAUCACUGGUAAGUAAACCAAGAAGAAGUGGGUGCUCUAGAAGGGAAGCAACGUCCUCCUCCAGAUACGGUUUGCUGGAAUGGGUAAUCUUCUAAAAGUCCUUACAAGGGAAAUAGAGAACUAUCCACAUUUUUUCCUGGACUUUGAAAAUGCACAGCCCACAGACUGUGAGAGAGAUGUAUGGAACCAGGUGAAUGCGGUGCUCCAGGAUUCUGAGAGCAUCCUCUCUGGCCUACAGGCCUACAAGGGAGCCGGACAGGAGAUACGAGAGGCCAUUCAGAACCCCAAUGACAUGAUCCUACAGGAGAGAGCCUGGAACUCAGUCUGUCCCUUAGUCAUACGACUCAAAAAGUUGUACGGCUUCUCGCUGAGACUAGAGAGGGCCCUUCAGAGCCUGCUGGAGUCCCUGACAUGCCCCCCGUACACCCCCACCCAGCACCUAGAGAAGGAGCAGGCUCUGGCCAAACAGUUUGCUGAGAUCCUUCACUUUACCCUGCGCUUCGACGAACUCAAGAUGAGAAUUCCUGCCAUCCAGAAUGACUUCAGUUAUUACAGGAGGACCAUCAGCCGAAACAGAAUAAACAACAUGAAUUUGGAUAUAGAGAGAGAGGUCAACAAUGAGAUGGCCAACAGAAUGUCACUGUUCUACGCCGAGGCGACGCCCAUGCUGAAAACUUUAAGCACAGCUACGACAAACUUCGUAACAGAGAACAAGACAUUACCCCUGGAGAACACCACUGACGUUCUCAGUACAAUGGCCAGUGUCUGUAAAGUCAUGCUGGAGACACCAGACUACACGUGCCGGUUCAACAGUGAGGACACGCUGCUGUUCUGUAUGAGAGUGAUGGUUGGAGUCAUCAUCCUGUACGACCACGUCCAUCCCAACGGAGCCUUCAACAAGUCCUCCAAGAUAGACAUGAAGGGAUGCAUAAAGGUCCUCAAAGAACAGCCAGCAGAUAAUGUUGAAGGUCUCCUGAACGCCCUCAAGUUCACCACCAAACACCUGCACGACGAGUCCACUCCUAAAAACAUCCGCUCCAUGCUUCAGUAACGUUUUUAUAUGAAGAGGAUCAAUGUACUGACCUCAACGAAAGAUGUAUAUGUUUACAUAAUUUAAAAGACUGGAUGUUAAUACUUGUGUAUUUACAUAGUCAUUCCCUGCAAGUUACUGAAACUUAUAGAACGCCUUUCAGCCUUACAAACUGAGCUUGGCAAGUAGCGUUUGGAGAAACAAGCACUCUGGUUGGGUCCUGUGACUGAGCCAAGCACUCUGGUUGGUUCCUGUGAGUGAGCGGGUGAAUGAAAGGCGCUUCAUUUGUGGUUUGUGUCAACAAAACAUGAAUUCCAAAUCAACUCCUAUCCUGGGGUGUAUUAAUUCGUCGGAUUCCGUUUACUGCAGCAACUAAACGGAAACAAACAGAGCAGACGGAAACAAACGUGGAGGGACCUACCUGCAUGUGUCCAAUAGAAACUCUUGUUUCUGUUGCAAAACGUUUUCCGAUUGAAAUAAGCGUUUUCCGUUGCAAAGGAAUCCGACUAAUGAAUACACCCCAUGUUCCAGAUCGGUUUGUCCUGUCUUCCCAACUCUUGUGGAUGGCAAGGUGAAGAUUGUUCAACCAUACUCAUUCCUCUCCUAUCUACAAGAGUGCCUAGGGAGUAGUGGCUGGUUUGGAAUUUAGCAAGGGAAGCGUUGAGGGGAAAAAGUGAUGACUUUCAUAUAACGUGUUCUCAGUAAGUUGGCGGACUUUGUGCUUUGUUGGCAAGAAAAUGACAGAAAAGGCAGUACGUGCCAUAAGAAAUAAACAGAUCAACCAAAUGUUUAUUUGGAUUGGGACACAGUGUGAUUUUAGUAAUUUAUUUUUCAUGAGGGGUUUUUCUUGUCUGUAUUUGGGGCUCUGUAUCUAACAGAAGUCUAUUGUUCAAAAAAGCAGCUUUAAAUAAAAACUGUCAGGUUAUAUUUAAGUGACAGUGGCAAAAACAAUUCCUUCCACCGCUUUUGUGAUCUUUACUCCUGUAGUAGGAUGGCGGUGAUGAUGAUGAUGAUGAUGAACCUUCUCUCCUAGUCAUUCUCCUUUAUACUGUCAGACCAGUCAGACUGUUGUCCCAUUCUCUACCCCUAUAGAGUACCACAGUAUGAGUCAUAAUACCCAUAAAACCUAGCGGUCAAAUAAGGAAAUGGUUCCAAUUGUUUUUCCACCAUUCAUUUUUCCUAUAGGGGAUUUUAGAUACACUUAAAAUAAGGGCUGUGUUUCAUGUAGGCUUACCCUGGUGUGAGGUUUUGAUAAGUGUAAAUCUCUUUAGGACAAGGUGACUUUUAUCAAUAUACUCGCCUCUAUUUAAUCCCCCAAAAUUAAAUGCUAAUUAGUUGCUAAUGUUGCUAUCAUAAAGAACUACAAAUGCCAUGAUGAUCUGGACUGGACUAACCAAAUUGAGGCAAAGGUAAGAAUCUCUGGAUUAACUAUCUGUUAGCUAAAUUUAGUAAUAAAUAAAUUGGCUACAUUUCUUUACAUUUAUAAUUCUGUGAACUGUCUUUUGAACGUUUUAAAUUGAUCGGUGGUGUACAAAUACUUUAAAGUACUACUUAAGUAGUUUUUGGGGUAUCUGUACUUUACUAUUUAUAUUUUUGACAACUUUUAAUUUUAUUUCACUACAUUCCUAAAGAAAAUGAUGUACUUUUUACUCCAUACAUUUCCCCUGACGCCCAAAAGUACACAUUACAUUUUGAAUGCUUAGCAGGAUAGGAAAUUUGUCCAAUUCACACACUUAUCAAGAAAACAUCCCUGGUCAUCCCUACUGCCUCUGAUCUGGCGAACUCACUAAACACGAAUAGUUCGUUUGGAAAUGAUGUCUAAGUUUGGAGAGUGUCCCUGGCUGUCCGUUAAAAAAAAUAUAUAGAAUUGUGCCGUCUGGUUUGCUUAAUAUAAGGAAUUUGAAAUGAUUUAUACUUUUACUUUGAUACUUAAGUAUAUUUAAAACCAAAUACUUUCAGACUUUUCCUUAUGUAUUUUACUGGGUGACUCACUUUUUUAAUUUUCUAUUAAGGUUUCUUUACUUUUACUCAAGUAUGACAAUUGGGUACUGGACUAAAAAACACCACUGAAAUUGACACAAUACCUCUUAGCAAAGGUGUCAGCUAGAGAUGACGUGCAGGAGUUGGUAGGGAUUUGUAGUCUUGUAUGAUGUCUAUUUUGAUGCUAAUUAGCAUUUCUAAUCUGAGAGUAAAUAGAGCUGAAUAUAUUGAUAAAGUCACCUUGUCCAAGAACGAUUUUCACGGUUAUCAAAAUGCCACACCAGGGUAAGCCUACACGAAAGGCCACUCUUAUUUUAAGUGUUUCUAAAAUCCCCUAUGGGAAAAAUGAAUGGUGGGAAAACGAUUGGAACCAUUUCCUUGUUUGACCUCUAGGUUCUAUGGAUGUUAUGACACCUACGCUGUGGGACUCUAUACCUGAAGUGUACACUUGUUCCCUCCCCCAUUGGUUUGGUGUAUUGAGUACAGGGAGUUCUCACACCUGUCCAUUCCAUGAAGGGGUGUGAACAAGUACACACUUUGCGAAGUAGGGUUGGGAAUUGGACUGCGGUGAAAAAUAAAUCCCUGAAAAUGUAUCAUUUCAGUACACAAAGUGCCAUUCUGAAGAAUAAAGCCUUGUCUCUAUUUUUUCUAAACUUUCAUCCAGAAUACAAAGAUAUGUGUGUCACCUGAUUUUGUUUGGAAUGACUCUGAUUUAAAUCUGGAGUCUUGAUUCGAUGUUAGAUGAAAUAUAUAAAUGUGUUGUUAAACCUGUGUAACAUCUGUUUUCUUUUGAGCUGUUCUUUGUGUAGACCAUUGUUUCAUGCUAAUGAACGUUGACCAAAGGGGCAUUAUAGGAGUAUUCUCUAAACUCAUUCAGCUUGUAUACAAUGGUGUAUGUAUGUAUAUUUGACUUGGUUCAGUUGUCAAUUGAAUUAAUAUAAUUAUUAACUGGAGAACAAUAUUGGAAAGUUAUGUACAAAACGGCAGGAUUGUGAGUUGCGUCUAAUGAAAAUACAUGGUGUUCUAUGAAUUGCAGAAACCCGUUGUUUGGUGAUCUGACUUAACAUAUAGGUCAGACAAUCACAUGUUAGGAUUAAUGACUUGUAGAAAUCCUGUGGUGUGCUCCUGUCUGUCCAGGCGAACGUGGAAUUUAAGCUGUUUUAGGAUGGACUACCUUUUUGGGUUACCGGACCACCGACUGCUCUGUCCGGACUACCACUAAAGUACCCCCUCAUGUGCAUUUACCAGUAAGCCUAUGGUCUAAUGGGUCUUCACAAGUACCCCCUAUGGAUAGUCCUAGUACCCCCAUGGGUCCUAGUAGCCCUGGUUGGGAACCACUAGACUAAUAGGCCAUUAUGUUGAGCAGCAUCCAAACAAUUAGCCUGCUCCUGCCAAUUCCAUUUCUGCGUUUACAUAGGAAGCCCAAUUCUGAUCUUUUGUCCAAUUAUUGUCAAAGGAUCUGAACUGAUUGGUUGAUUAUUGAAAAAAGAUCAGAAUAAUGCUGCCUGUCUGAACGCAGCCAAUGAGUGACAGGGAGUUGGCAUGACGUGACAAACAGACUGGCACUAAAGACUGACUACUAAAUACUAGCUAAGCUUCUGCAAAUGUAUCAUGUUCACAUUUUUCCUUAUCAGAAAAAGACAACCCUAGGACCAUUUUUUAAAUGGUCUUUUUCACUAAACUAAAGUAGCUUGUGCCUUUUACUUGUCGCUAAGUCAGCAAUAUAGAAACCAACUUCAGAUAAUUAUGAAUUAAAUGUAUUUAAUUAGACAGUAAAUAUGAUUUACAGUGCUAAUGUGAAAUGAGACAAAGGGCUAUAGAUUUUGAAAUCCAGGCAAAAUCAAAAUAUCUAGCUAUAUAUUUCCGUAUCAAUUUUGAUACUUCAUACACACUCUGCAUCUGUGUACUCAUCGUAACAUAAAAUACUAGUCACAAACAUUUGUUGAACGACCAUAAAAUGUCCACUGUGGAUUUUAACAUUCAUGUUAAUUGUUUAUUUUCUGGUAAUCCAUAAUACAUUGACAAUUGAGACUUACUUUUUGUGUGAAGGACAAUUUGUAUGUGCAAUGAAUGAAUACUGUACAUGGACAAGACAUUCAGCAAAAUACAGUAUGAUAUUGAUACAUAUACUGAGGUUGUUUCAAAGGUUUAAUUCCAAAACCAAUUCUGUCAAACCUCUCAGUAUUGAUCUCCAAAAUGCCCUUUUCAGCCCAAUAUAUGCUAUUAUGAUUCUUGUGUGUUGAUUGCAAGCUGUAUUGAAUAUUAUUGAGAUAUUUGAAUAUAAAGAAGAAAAAAGUGAACUGACAACUGUUUCAUAGUUUGGAACGCUGGUUCAAUGUUUCUAUAUGGCUUUUGCUUUAUAUUGAAUGAGUGUGUGAACUGAAAAUAAACUGGUACAUUUCCUGCA